AUGAAUCGAUUGACCAAGUCUACACAUUUCAUUCCGGUUAGGACGGACUUCUCCAUGCAAAAGCUAGCUAAGCUCUACAUUUUCGAGAUAGUGAGGUUGCAUGGGGUUCCUGUUUCGAUCAUCUCUAAUAGGGAUCCUCGUUUUAUGUCUCGAUUUUGGCAGAAAUUGCAUGAGGCUUUGGGUUCUCAUCUUGACAUCAGUACUGGUUUUCAUCCUCAGACAGAUGGUCCGGAGUUGGUUUCAGAGACUGAGGAUAAGGUUCUGAGGUUUGAUCACAAGGGCAAGUUAAGCCCUAGGUUCAUUGGACCAUACCGGGUUCUAAAGCGAGUAGGGCUGGUUGCGUAUCAGUUGGAGCUUCCUCCAGAGUUGGAUCGUAUACAUGAUGUAUUCCAUGUCUCAAUGUUGAAAAAUUACCGCUCUGUUCCCAUGCACAUUGUGCAUGUGGAGGAGAUUGAGGUUAGACCAGGUCUAACGUAUGAGGAGGAGCUAGUUCAGAUUUUGGAUAGCAACGUCAAGGUUUUGUGUAGGAAAUCUAUACCUUUGGUGAAGUUGUUUCACUAUUCACCUGUUGGAAGACACGGAGUUGAUCAAGGGGCUGAAGAACAGCAAUUAACGCUUUAA